AUGAGCUGGUACGUUGGUCACGAUGGACGACAGGUCUGGGUUGAUGCGCGCGAGACGGUUUUCACCUGCGACAAGCCCGAGGACGAUUUGCCCACCAGGCAGCUGACAUACCUGGCCUCAAACUUGCAGAAGACUGUUUUUGCAGAGCAUGCCGUUGACGACCUCGAUGGCAAGAAAGGCAAGAAAAAGGACAAACAAGCUGGACGGCAGCGUGGAUUCAUCGUGCGGGUGGACCAGGACGAGCGGGUGAAUGUUCUGCCUUCCGUGCAGGCUGCUGUGGACAAGCUCCAGAGCAGCGGGGCAGUUUCGCGUGUGGAUUUGGACGAGACCGAGGGCAAGAAGAGGAACAAGAAAGGGCGCGACAACGACGAGGCGCUCAGAAGUUAG